UUCUGAGUAAUAAAACAAGCAUUGAUUGCAGAAGCUUCCAGCAGCCCGUGAGGAGAGAGAGAGAGAGAGAGAGAGAGAGUGUUGGAAGUGAAUGGGUGCCGCCCAUCCCAACAGAAAACAGCUGAAAGGAGAGGUGCUGAUGAUGACCCUUCAGUCACACGGAGCGUCUGGACGAUGAAGAUCUGAUCUGAAGAUCUUCAGCUCACACACAGGAGAUGAGUUCUGCUCUGGUUCAUGACAAACUCUUCAUCAAGUCCUUCUGGGAGCAGAAGAUCAACACUCACACUCAUAUGAUCGAAGCCGAAGAAGAGAGGAGGAAGAGGAGCGCUCUCUUAAAGCUGCGUGACGAGUGGCUCACAAGGAUGGAGAACCGGACCAAACAUCUGAAGAAUUUCGGAGACAAUCGCGGGGGAAAUCCAACGGCUAACUAACUGUGCGACACACAGAUGAGCCGAGCUCAAUAAACACACGAGUCACUGA